UGUCGGGCUAACUUUCUCUCGCGAUCCGCGACAUUCCGCGGUGGAACCGCGCAUAGCUGUCAAACAAAGAACCGACGAUCGGUGAGCCCGUGUGUUUGUGUGUACCGCCGCGUUGGAAGUGUUUUGUUGUCCAGUGCAGUGUUCCCGGCCGGAAAAUGAACACAAGUACCGGGAUGUUGUGGGUAUUGUUGUUGGCGACCGGGUUGUUUCUUCGUGCCACCAUUUCGUUGCAUUCUUAUUCCGGGGCAAACCGGCCUCCGAUGUAUGGUGAUUUUGAGGCACAGCGGCACUGGCAAGAGGUGACGGUCAACCUCCCGGUGGGUGAAUGGUACCGGAACACGUCGGACAACGAUUUGCAGUACUGGGGAUUGGAUUAUCCUCCUCUCACUGCUUACCAUAGCUAUCUGGUUGGUUUAUGGGCACGCCGAUGGCACAAUGAAUCGUUCGUCGCUCUGCACACGUCGCGAGGCAUCAGCACAGAUGAGCAUAAACAGUUUAUGCGAAACACUGUCCUACUGGUCGAUGCUGUUCUAUACCUUCCGGCCAUCCUGUUCGCCACUCACACAGUGUGGAAAAGAAUGGCACAAGGUGCAACGAAACCACACAGGGAAAUAGAUUGGCUUUCUCCGGCUCUGGCUGUACUGUUCCCGGGGCAAAUUCUCAUCGAUAACGGUCACUUCCAGUACAACAACGUAUCGCUUGCGCUGUGUGCCCUCGCCGUUGUUGCCAUCAUUGAAAGGCGAACACUGGCUGGGGCGAUUCUAUUCUGUCUCGCACUGAAUUACAAACAGAUGGAGCUUUAUCACGCCUUGCCAUUCUUUUUCUACCUUUUGCGGAACUGUUUCACCACGGAAGAUAAUUCUUCCACAACUGGACAAAGGGUCAUAAUGGGUGUGAGAAAGUUGACCGUACUCGGAGCAACCGUUCUGCUAACAUUCAUCAUCCUUUGGCUUCCUUGGUUGAGUUCACUGGACGCUCUCGGACAACUAGUGCAUCGGAUAUUUCCAGUUGCACGUGGCGUUUUCGAAGACAAAGUGUCCAACGUGUGGUGUGUGGUGAACGUGUUCGUGAAGCUAAGGUAAGCACCCAAUCAUAGCAAAUCAAGAACUGACACUAAUCAGUUGCUCUUCUUUAGGAACAUUCCCAUCACAACGAUGGCAUGGGUUUGCCUUCUGUGUACCUUGAUGGCCGUCCUGCCAAGUGGAUUGCAUCUACUGCUUCAAAAAACCCCUACAGCCCGAAACUUCCUUUAUUCGCUCACCGUAACGGCGCUUGGAUUCUUCCUGUUCAGCUUCCAAGUGCACGAAAAGUCGAUUCUUCUAGCAACACUACCGGCCACACUGCUUCUUCCAUUCGAACCACUCGUUUCGUGCUGGUUUCUACAAGUGGCCACCUUCAGCAUGUUACCCUUGCUUCACAAAGAUGGUCUCACUGGAGCAUUUGUGGCUCUUACAAUCAUCAGUCUUACAUUGCUCCGGACAGCUGACGGAGCACAGGGAGUACAGCCGUUCAACAAAAAUCAGAAAUCGUCAUACGAUAUACUCCAUCUACGUGGACUACUACCAGCGGGAAUUGCAGGCCAUCCUACCGGAAGUGUCCUGGUAGUACUCUUCUAUCUGUCGCUGCUAGGACAGAUGGUACUGCUGGGAGCCUUCCUAUGCCUAACUCCACCGGCGCAUCUACCAUUCCUGUAUCCUCUUCUUAUGUCAGCAUACAGCUGUGGACACUUUGUGCUAUUUUACCUAUACUUUAACUACAGACAGCUCUGUAACUUUGGAACUGAUGAUGCGAACAAUCUGCCAUCUAAAAUAAGUCUAAAAAAGAAAGUAAAAUAAAGCCCAGCGGAUAAAUAUUCAAUUAGACGUUUGUCUUACUUGGAAAAGGAAUUGAUCUUCGUUCUGAAGC